AGCGAGAACCAUCGGACUGCUCUGCGGCUCUUUGUCAGGAGCUGGGGGAGGCCUUGGCAGACCGCCGCUGUCAGCAGGGGGUUGAUUCUCGGAGAAGGCGGCCGCAGGGACGGGAAUGGCACGGACAGUGACUGGCUCUGGAUACGGAGUCUCGGCUAAAGGGCUUUACUCAGCCAUUUGGUUUCAUAAAGACACCUGACAUCUUCAUGGUUACUGCUCCUCACCCCAGCUUCGGUUUUCCUGGAUUUUUUUGUUCGAACAGAAGUGAAAAGUUCGAGGUAUCCCACUGGGAACUUCUUGGAUUUGUAAGAGGCUUACUAACAGAGCCUUUGUGCUUUCUCACAUUGUAAUUACCGAGCGAGUACCAUCGGCGAUGGCGAGUGUGAAGCUGGUGCCCAAGGAGAGGGAUUGGACUGUGGUUAUCACCAGCUGCCUGUUGUGCACCACAGCAUUGAUGGCAACUUGCCGAGCCCAUAAGGUAAACCUGGGUUGUGCCACUGGCUUCCUGAUGCAGGCCAGUGCAGGGGCACUGAGUGCCAUCCACUCGUACACAGAGGAGCCCCAUAUCCUCCUGACUGCCAGCCUGCAGGAUGUCAGCUGGCUCUCCAUGGUCAUCGGGCUGCCCCUCGUCUCUUUCGGCUUCCACUGGCUCAAUGGUGACCACCUGGCAGCAAACUCCGUGGCAGCUGUUGGCAUCCUGAUCGCCGGCAGCUGUGGUGGUCUGGCUACGGAGGGCCGGGAGAACGCGGUGAGUCUGGCCAUUGCACCUCCUCUCCUCUCCAUCCUGACUGUCUGCCUUGUCACCACCAAUCUGUACGGCAUCCUGGGCAGCCUGGCCAUUGGCCUGGUUGCUGUGGCGGGGGAGUUUCGGCUGGAUGAGCUGCUGGGCCUGAAGGAGGUGAUUGUUCAGAAUGUCCUGCUCACCUGUGGAGUGGCAGCACUGCUUCGGGCACUGGACACCCUAUCGCAGCAGGCAGAGACAACGUGACCCGUGCUCUGUCACCGCGGGGACACCAUCUUCCUGAAGCAAUAUCUAAAGGGGAACAGAAGGACCCUGACCCUGGACCUCACUGGCAUGUUACAAGAUGCCCUCAAACCAAGUUGACCUUUACCCUCUAACCUCUUGACCCAGGCCACCAUGUGGUGAGCAACAUCUCAGCUCUGAAUGAGAGCAGAGAAACUGACCAGACAGCAGUGAGGUGGACACUGAAUCCCCAGAGAAACCGAUUUGAGUUAGGAAGUUGUGCAGCUCACUUUCGGAUCAUUGCGGGGACAACAUUUCCUGUCAUUUAAACGUCUUUGAUCCCAAUAAAGUUUUCUAGUUCUGUUGUG